AUGCCUCCGACAGUGAUACGAAUGCCGGCCGGCGCCGGUGGACGCGGUGGACAUCUGAACGAACAGCGCAGCCGAGGCUUCCGGCUGGGAUGCUGUCGGGUUUGUACGUGCCUGAACAUCGAUUUCGUCAUCUCCAAGAACGGUAUCCUGAAGUGUUUCGAGCUGAUAUUGGGCUGGUUCUGUCAAACGAUGCUGGUCCAGUUCGGUAUGGAUUCGGCGAAAGACAUUGGUGAAGCGUUCUGGGGGUUUUUGACGACCUGCUCGGCCUUUCUGCUGACCACAACCAUUCUGCUGCUGUGCUACACCAUCUCUGACCGGACGUUUCAUCUCGUGCGCCAAUCAAUCUUUGAAGUCGUCUACAAUGGGCUAGCGUGUAUAAUGUACUUCAGUGCGUCCUCGUACCUCGGGUUUGCCGUUAAUGUGUUCCUGUACCCAAAGUUUCUGCUGUUCAAAACGACCGGCGGCAUCCACAGUGCCUAUCCAGCGAUGACAGCUGUAUACUACAUGGGCGGUAUCGUGGGAUUGGUGUACGGGGUCGACACGUUCGUCGCGUACCGUCACCUGAAAGGAUUUUCGUGA